CACUCGCGCUAGAACGACAAGAAGCGCGGAGUUGGUCGCAAUUUUUUUGUGUCCGAGGCUAUGAUGGCCGCCAUUUGCGAAGCGUUUCUGGAAUAUCACUAUUUUUGAAUGUAAGCGGCCGUAAAAUUGUUGUGGAUUACGUAUAACAGCAAGUUUUUCUGAUAUAUUUUGUGAUCUUGUAUGCAUUAGCUGUAUUCUAACCCACGGAUAUCAUCGUCUUCCUACCCAGCUCUUUAUACGCAGCCACAUUUGGGGACCAGUACAAGAGUGCGUCAACAUCACGUGGUAACUUUUUUCUACCUGCACUGCUACAUCCUUUGUGUUCUAGUGCUAACGAAGAAUUGCAAUAUGCUUAAGUGUUUUGUGUUUCUCAAAUAUGGAUUACUGUGGAUAAGUUAUUGAUUUAUUUAUUCAAGUGUGUGUCUUUUGAGUGUUGUUUUCGGAGCGGAUAAGAUCACGUGGCUUCAUUAUGGAAGCGCGCCAUACCAAGGCGUUGGCGUGAUAACAAAUGCAUCAUUUGGAACUAAAUAAGGUUUGCAAAUCAAAAUAAUCAUUGCUAUUUACUUUUGGUUUGUAUUGCUGACAUACCACAACUACACGAUGAUAGCGAAUGAGAGUGCAAGUAAGUGUUAUUAGUUAACCGGUGUUCAAUGGGAUCAUUAUUUGCAUGUUGUCACCGGCUUCGCUUAGGGUAUGUUGCUUAGCCGUUAUGGCCCCCGCCCUUACGAAGGCGGAUAGGCGAGCAGAUUGUCUUCCUGUUGUGCUCCCGUUUUGUAUGUCUAAAACGGCCGACUCGGAAAACAGGAAAGACAGAGUCAACGAAUUAAGUCUUACUAAGUUACCCAACAAAUUCGCUUCUUUGUUAAACAAACGUAAACACCUUAUGAAUAAAGCAUGGUUUCGUACAUAUAUCCGAAACAAUUCAGAAUUAUCGGAUAGAAACCGGUAUUCACAAUUUGACCUCCGUAAAUCCUUGCUCAACAGUAAGGUUAGGUUAAAUGCUGAAACUAAAAUCAAAUCAUGGCAUGGUACGAACGUUACUCUUGCUGUGGCGGAUAAAGUUAGGUUGAAAUAUACGAUGAACAAAAAUAAUAAUUCGCUAAGAAAUAUGGGUUUAGCCAGAGCUAAUACGUCAUUAGGAUUGCACAGUAUGAAAAAGAUGAACAGGAGUGUGCAGUUAACUCAGAGAGAUAAAGGAAGUCCUUCUAACCUGACACAAGUGUCGAGCGAUUUAACUCCUGAUCUCCCUGAUUCCACAAACUCGGAGCUAGAAACUCCAUAUAUGAUUGCGAGAAUAGUGCAACCAGUACAGGGACAAAGUAGUGGGGAGGUGUCGUCUAGUGGUGAUCUAGCUUGUGAUUCUACUCAUUCUGCAGUGGGAAAUAUGCCUGUAUCAAACGCAGACAAUUCUUGUACUGACCAAGGUGUAGUAUCAAUUUCAAAUGAUUCCAAUACUCCUCCAUUGUCUGUUUCUCCUAAUGAUACUGAAGUAUCAUUAAGUGCAACUAAUUUGUCUGUUACAUUAACAGAUCCCAAGUGUUCAUUAAAUACUACAGAAAGUCUUGAUGCUGGUAUUGUCGAGACAUUUGUACCUGCGUCGAAUUCUAAUGCAUUGUCUCCUAAAUAUAACCAAACUUCUGUUGCACCGAAUGAUAUUUCUGUGAUUCAAGAGAAUUCUGUUAAAUUAUCCCAGCAUUCGAAUCAAGAUCUUGUAUCGGAUGUCUUGGAUACAAAAGAACCCGAGCAUGUUUCAUCUGCUGAUAAUUUGAACUGUGUCACAUCAUUGCCUUCUCCGGUAAGCAGUGUUCCCAUACAAGAUGGCAUUGUGGACAUUGCUGCCUCAUUAGACGAUAAAGCACCAUUUUCUCCAUGUAGUCCAUCGCGAUUUUCACUUGAUGGGAGCGAUGAUGAAAGUGGUUCCUGUACAAGUUCAACCCUAAGUGCUGAUGAUUCCCCUCUUCCUUCUUCUCUAGACGAAGGAAAUGAAAAGGUUUUUAUAACAUUUCCUGAUUCUUUUCUAGCCUCUGCUUCAGGGGUUCACAAAGAACUUGCAGCACCUGCAUUCUCGGAUGCAUCAUGUUUCACAUUUAACAGUGUAGAUUCAUUAACUUCGAAUGACGGAAUGCAUCUAAAGCAUAAUGCUUGCUGUUCUGUCCCAGAAAGGGAUCGGUCUCUUUUUAAGGAACUCCUUCUAGAGCACCAUGAAAAAAUUUCUAUUGCUCUUAAAGAGACUGAAUUUUUGCUGAGAAAAUACAUGGUGCAGCAUGCCCAGAAGCAAAUUAGGACUUUCGUCCAGCAUUUUCAAAAGAAAUUUACUAUACCGUGCCAGAGACAAACUAAAUCAAAUGGUUCCAAAUCAACAAGAGAUUUAGUUGAUUUGAAAGCAGAAUUGCUUCAGAGUGAAAAUGUGAAAAAUUUAUCAACAGCUGCAUUGGUUAAUUUAGUACGUAACAUGGGAUCAAAUGCAUCUGCAGAAAACCUGUUGCCACUGCAAAAUCCUGUUUUGCAGGAUUCUGAACUUUCACAAAACAAAUUAACAUCACAAACUUUUACUCCUGAAGAAAUUUCUGAUGUUAAACAUACAAGUAAAAUUUUACUGAAAAGUAUGAAAAACCUACUCCGAUCUGCUGAUCCUGAUUUAACUGAAAGCUCUGAUGAAGGGAGCAGUGAUAUGGAGAUGGAUGAUCCAGCAGAAACUUCUGUUCAGAAGAAGGCAUUAUGGAAAUUUUUGAAGGAGCGCGCUGCGCUGGCGAGCCGUUCAACUUUGCUAAUUUCAAAAAUUCGAGAACUGGAAAAUCAACUACAGACCAUUUCUGGUUGUAUGAAGACCAUGAAUUCUUCUUAUGGAAAGCUCAGUUUUGAGAACCAACCUGUUUCUGAAAAUGCUGAUGAUACAAGCUUACAGGCAAAUUUAAAAUUAGGAAGACCAAAAGGUUUAGGUCGACCUGUGAAUGGGUAUUUAGAUCAUUGUUCGCUCAGCAGUACCAUCAAUGUUAGUACUACUGUUAAUAAUUCUGAAGCGUUGCAUAAGGAGGGAAAACCUAAUUCUAUUGUAGUUGAUGCCACUGAAUCCUGUAUGCGAACACGACCCUUAAAAACUUCAAGCUUUCAUAAACGCAAGUUAAUUGUCACUACUGGAUUACAUUUGACUAACCCUAAAAUUGCAAAGCUUUCCACAGUCAGCUGUGUUUGCAACAGUCAAGAAGAGAUGCUUCCCUGUGUACUCUGCACUGGGCGUUACAAUUGCAUUCAAAGUGUUGAUCCAGAUUCAUUGCCACUUCUUGAUCGAGUUGCUCUGCUGGAUCCAUCUUUCCAUCCACUCCUUUCUUUUGAAAAAGAUAUCCCAUUGUUGGUGCAUUUCGAAAAUAUUUUGAAAAAGAAUGAAGCACAGUAUCAGAUUGUACGCCCUAUUUCACCUACACCAAGCAGUCACAGGAGUUUUGGGACCAAACCGAAAUUAAUGACAGAUGCCAAGUCAAGGAGUCGAAAACUCAAAAGAUAUGCAAGAUCACUGUUAUCAGCCAAAUAUCAUGAUAAGAAAAAGCAUUUUCGCAAGCAUAAACUUGUAUUUGGAAAAUGGCGCAAGCUCCAAAGUAAAAGUUCUUUUCAUGCAAGAAAUCGCUUUAGAAGAUUUUCUGUUGCAUCUAGUGGCAGUUCACAUGACUCACCAGUUCCAUCUCCUAUGUCUGCUUUUGAUGAUGGUUCUGGAUAUGAUGCAAGAAGGAGACGUGAUGACAAUCAGUUCGAUAUUGAUGAUGUUAUCAUUCCCUAUAGUAAUAAGAGAGGACGAUUAGUAAAAUUUGAAUUCAAAGAUAUUGAAAUCCCAAGUUGGCGAUCCAUAGCAUUUGAAGAUCUAAAAUCAAUUGAAAUGGAAGAGGAUACUUCUGAUGCUGCAUAUGUCAAAAGACAUGAAGGCUAUGAAAUUGAAGAACGAAAGAUAAUCCGGAAUGGUGGUGGCGCUUUGGGCUUUUUCAACACAUGGCAAAAAAGGGCAAGGCGGCAACAUCGUUCAGAUUCUCGUGCUGAUAGCAGUGGUGCAAAUACACCUGAUCCUGUUUUGAUGUGCGAACAAGAUAUUUUAUUUCAAGAUCCUAAUUCCAUGAAUGCAAGCAGUCCUCUGUCUCCUGCUCUAUCACCACCUGCCACACCUGUUUCUGCAAAUGUUAUCUCGGAUGAUUCACAAAUAUCACUGAGCAACAUGAAAAGGAAAAUUGGGGGAAUAAAAAAGCAAGAUGAAUUACUGAACUUUCGAACAAGUAUUGCAGAUUACGAUGAAAUUUCGCCAUAUGAGCGGCGUACAUUUCCAUUGUCUGAUGAGACAAUGGAAGAUCUACUUGCUGAAGCAGACCACAAUAAAGAUGAUACAGAUGUCACAGCUAGUGGGCCAAGCUGUCCAGCUUCACCUGCAAGCUCUACAAGCAGCACUUCCACUGUAGAAGAGGAGGAGGAUAUUACUGAUCCAGAGUGGCGAGUUGUAAGGAGGGAAAGUGGCCCUGAACAGGCCUUGGUGUUGAAAUUUGCCAAAAGGUGAGAGGCACACUAUUGCACAUUGAAGGAACCAAUUUAUAUCCAGCAGUUUGAAACACUGGUCUUCUGUAACAGUACUGCUUACACUGUUCUUGCAUACAUAAAAGAGGAAACCUAUUUCCUACAGUUUGAUCACACUGGUUGUGCCCAUGAAAGUGAUAUUGUGGUUGGUGGCACAUGGUUGCAAAUCGUUUGCCAUGUGCCAGUUUGUGUUACAUUUCUUAAAUAUGCAGAAAAAAUUGUACAAAAUCAUCAUGACAACUUAAACGUCCCUGUUUUCAGAUCAUUACUUGUAUAUAUGUUGUAUAUUGACUUGGCAAUGCGGCUGUAUAUCUAUAUAGGUCAAUUGUAAUUAUAUUGCUGUUUAGUCAUAAUCAUUUAAGGAGGAAAAA